GUCAUACACUAUGGCCUUAUACUAAUAUUUCAAAAUCAACACUUUGAUCCAAAAUAUUGUCCCUCCAAAACCACAAACUCCAUUUUCUUCUUCUUCUUGAAAAUAAGAAAAAAAUCUCACCUUUUUUGCUCAUUUCACUUGUGAUUUGUACACUUCUAGUUGUUUUUUUAAUCUCUGCUGCAAUGGCUGUAGCAGAGUUUAUUCCUUCUUCUUCUUCUUCAUUGACUAAAAAAGCCAGUUUUUAUUCAUCACAACUUUCUUAUGUGUCAACUAAGAUCUCUCAUCAACGUCGAUUAAGCUUUAAGCCUUUAUCGAGAACUUCUCAAAUAUGUUGCUCUGUUACUUCUAAGGAAGCACAAGCGCCGACUGUAGGGCAGACUGAUGAUCCAAAGAAGAAAUCAGAGUGCUAUGGAGUUUUCUGUCUUACUUAUGAUCUCAAGGCUGAAGAAGAGACGUCUUCGUGGAAGAAAAUGAUAACUGUUUCUGUGUCUGGUGCUGCUGGGAUGAUUGCUAAUCAUCUUCUUUUCAAACUUGCAUCUGGUGAGGUUUUUGGGCCAGAUCAACCUAUUGCAUUAAGGUUAUUGGGGUCUGAGCGGUCAAUCCAAGCUCUUGAAGGAGUUGCUAUGGAACUAGAGGACUCUUUGUAUCCUUUGCUUAGGGAGGUGAAUAUAGGUAUUGAUCCGUAUGAGGUGUUCCAGGAUGCAGAAUGGGCACUUCUCAUUGGUGCAAAGCCUCGAGGUCCCGGUAUGGAACGAGCUGGCUUAUUGGAUAUAAACGGUCAAAUCUUCGCUGAACAGGGGAAAGCUCUCAAUGCCGUUGCAUCGCGAAAUGUCAAAGUGAUAGUUGUGGGAAACCCUUGCAAUACCAAUGCAUUGAUUUGUUUGAAAAAUGCUCCAAAUAUACCAGCAAAGAACUUUCAUGCCUUGACGAGGUUAGAUGAAAAUAGAGCCAAAUGUCAGCUAGCUCUAAAAGCUGGAGUCUUUUAUGACAAAGUAUCUAAUGUUACCAUUUGGGGCAAUCACUCAACCACUCAGGUUCCGGACUUUUUAAAUGCUAAAAUUAAUGGAUUGCCAGUCAAAGAGGUGAUCAAAGACACUAAAUGGUUAGAGGAAGAGUUCACUGUAAAAGUCCAAAAGAGAGGUGGUGUACUUAUUCAGAAAUGGGGAAGAUCUUCAGCUGCAUCAACUGCUGUGUCGAUAGUCGAUGCAAUAAGGUCUCUUGUCACUCCUACACCUGAAGGAGAUUGGUUUUCUACUGGAGUAUAUACAAAUGGAAAUCCUUAUGGGAUAGCAGAGGAUAUAGUUUUCAGUAUGCCUUGUAGGUCAAAAGGAGAUGGUGAUUAUGAACUCGUAAAAGAAGUAAUAUUUGAUGAUUACCUUUGGAACCGUAUAAAAAAGUCAGAAGAUGAGUUGCUCGCGGAGAAAAGAUGUGUUGCCCAUCUUACAGGAGAGGGUAUCGCGGUCUGUGAUCUGCCCGGAGAUACAAUGCUUCCCGGAGAGAUGUAAAAAACAGCAAACCAUUUUGCAGAAUGUAUUUUUACAGAUUAUGUUGAAGAACUUGCAUAGAUAAAGGAUAAUGCAAGUGUUGUUUGUAAUUUGUGCACCAUUGAUUAAUCAGUCUUACAAGGGAGAUAAUAAAUGAGACACAAAAGUAUCAGUAUU